AUGACAGCGUCAGUCAAAGAAGACCUGAAAAUCGAUAAUGAAGAUAUAGUCAUUAAUGUUUCAACUAAAAAUUAUGUGGAGCAAGAUUACAUUGAUCUUAAACUAACAUGUUACUACCCUACUUCGAUAUAUUACUUGACAAAUACAACUGCUAUUAUAAAGAAAGAUUCUGUAGUCUAUGUAAAUAGAGAACUUAUAAUUACUAAUGAUGAUAACAUAAGUACCUCUAUCAUUGCUCAAACUAUAGCCACUAGAGUUAAAGAAAGCACCUGA